AUGGCUUUCGCACCGGAAUUGAGGACGCACGCUCAGAAAGUUUGCUACCUUUACAAACAGGCUAUGAGACAGAUUGAGUCCUACUACGGUCAAAGGAACGUGGUACGCUACCAUCAAGUCAUUCUUCGUUCCCGUUUCGAUGCGAACAAAUGUGUGUCUGAUCCCAAAGACCAGCGUCGGCUGUACUGGGUCGGUGAGCACGAGCUGUUCCUCACAAAACACCCGGUACCCAUCGCCAAGUUUUCCAAGAGCAUUGGUUUAGCGGGUGGAGUUGCUUAUAAGAGAGUGGUAGAGCCACCGGAUUGGGUUUUGGAUUAUUGGCAUCCAUUGGAGAAGGCGCAAUACCCAGAAUACUUCGAGACUAGAGAGAUCAGGAAAUGCGAGUAUAUAGCCAAGUGGUACAAAGGAGAAAUGAUGUAG